UCAAGUCCAUGUGUGAGUCGAGGUGAGUGUGUGUGUGUGUGUGUGUGUGUGUGUGUGUGUGUGUGUGUGUGUGUGUGUGUGUGUGUGUGUGUGUGUGUGUGUGUGUGUGUGCUCAUCCAUCCUGUAAAUGGAUUGCUAAUUAAAGACAUCUCAGGUGAAGCCAGAGAAGGCGAGAGAGGAAAUGAGGAGUGGAGGGCCAGGUAAGAGGAGACGGUAAAAGUAGAUUAUCAAAUAAAAGAGAAGAGAGAAGAUGGAGAUAAAAGACAACUUGAAGGAGGGGCAGAGGUGGAAGGGAAAAAGAAAGGUAUGUGACUGCCUUACAAAAAAAAAUACAGCAAGAGAAAGAGAAGAGGACGAAGCCAAAGAGACAAAAGGCACAGAAAGAGGAAAGGAGACAUCAUAAGAGAGAAGCUCUGACUCAUAAACGUCCUUCCACAAGCUUGGACACAGCAGCUAUGCACCUGCUCUGUCAUGUGCUGUUCUUGACAAUGACCCUUCACCUUGGUGCCGUCACGGGUGGAAGAGCCCAUCGUAAACAGAGCCAGACAGAAGAGAAGGUGAGGCCAUAUCUGGGCAGAGUAGAUCCAGAAUCACUAUGUCAGUUGUUGAAAUGUAACAGUCCUAUCGGUUCCUGGUGCCAAGUAGUGAAGGAAGGAGACCUCCUAGUCCCAAAAUGUGUGUGUCCACAGACCUGCCCGCGGCAGGGGGCACCAGUGUGCAGCAUUCUGGGGAAGACGUACGGCAACGAGUGUCUGCUUCACAGGGAGGCUUGCCGCAAAAAACGACGCAUUGGCAAGGCACAUAGUGGAGCUUGUCUUGGAUGUUGUCUAAAAGAUGUCACUGAUGUGGUUUCUCCAUCAGUGAGCAAGGCAGAGUGCUUUGAAGAAGAGUUUGGUCAGUUCCCGUACCGUCUGUUGGACUGGUUUUUACUGCUCAGCAGAAUGGGAGAAAAAUACACACCAGCUGCACCCUCACAAAGCUGCCUUACACACACACAACGAACCCAGCUCGCACAGAGAAGGUUUGCUCUGUUGGAUCGCAACAGGGAUGGGAAAUUAAGCAGGAGAGAUCUAACAAAGCUACGCUAUAAGCGAAUGCCACUGGAGCACUGUGCUCAAAGAUUCUUCCAGUCAUGUGACAAGAACAAGAAUAAGAAGGUGACCCUGAGUGAGUGGACAGCCUGUCUUGUUAAUCGGUCAGAACGCUGGUUUCAGGAUUUCAUGUCCAUGAAGAUGGGCUCACCAAAGCUGUGUCCUGUCCCAGACUAUAACCUUUGAAUUUAUACAUUUUAUUUGGGUGCCAUCACGUUUUCGGCUGUUCUUUAAAUACUGAUGGAACAGAUUCCUGAUCCGGACCACUGCUGAUUAUCAGAAUCUGAAAUUAUUUGAUUCCACCAAUGGGGAAUUAUUAAUAUAAGCUCUAUUUUAUUAGAGAUAUACAUUCAAAUUCAAGUCAGAUAAAAAUGUAUAUGCAUUAGACCAGUGGUUCCCAAACUUUUUACAGUGGCGUCCCCUCCAAACAUUCAAAAUCCAUUCGUGUACCUCCUCUCUAACACAUAGAUAACGUUCUAUAUUUAACACAAUUGUCUUUGUAAAAAAUCUCACUUAUAUUUAACAUGCUAUAUUUGUAAAUGUUUUUUACAUGUUAUAUUAAUCAUAUACAUAUUUAAUAAAUGGCUUACCGAUUGAUAUGGGUAUGCUAGAUAUGACAUAAUUGCAUAAAUUGAAAACUUCCCCCUCAUCACGUCGUGGUAUGCAAGUAUGGCAUUGCCCGGUAAGUAUCUGUGCAAUUGUGUGGUCAGCUCAAGGUGCUUUUUUAUGUCACAUUUGACACUGUUAGCAAGACUGAGCUCAUUUGCUGAAAAAACAUCAUGCAACAAUGUAAAAAUUGGUGUUUCUACACUAGAGGGCACACCAAAUUAUUUUUGCCAGUGAGAAAAACAUGAACUGGGUUUGAAUGUUAUCUUAGAAAUGUGAUGAAUUUGAUUAAAUUUAAAGAACUUAACGAACCCCCAUUGUCACCUCACAUACCUCCAGGGGUACGCUUAGCCAACCCCAGUUUGGGAAACAGACAUAUAUACAUAUAUAUAUAAACAGUAUAUGUCUGUCACCAAGAUAAAUUCCUUGUAUGUGUAAGCAUACUGAGCAAUAAAGCUAAUUCUGAUUCUUAUAAUAAAAGUUUAACAUUUAUGUUACUGUUUUGUUGUUUUGCGUAAGAAUUUUUGUGCUAUUGUGUGGUGCAACUCAACAAAAACCUGCUUUUUAAAAAGAAAGAGGGAAUGUAUCAUGGAUCACACAAUUAAUUACUGCAGAGAGGGACAGACAGAGAGGGAUAGAGAGAGAUAGCGCUAUAACCUUAAACAAAGGGAUGGAGAGGAGAUUAAUUGAGGGGUUGUGUUUAAUAGGAGAAAUAGAGAAAGAAAGAAGGAUGACCCAUGAGAGAGAUAAAAGACUACAUGAGCUGGGAUGAGAGGAAUAGAUAAUAUGGCAGAGAAAGAGAAGGACAGAAAGAGAGAGAGAAUCUCGUAAUGCACUCAGAGAACGGGACAGGGAGGGGGACAAGUUACUGUAAACCACUGCAAAUGGAGGAGAGAAAAUAGAUUGAAGCAUGAAAAAUGAAUCAGAAAAAGAGAGACAGAAAGUAGGGGGAUGGGGUGUGAGAGAGGGAGAGAAAGAAAGAGUUGGAGAAGGGUGUAAUAUGGGUGGGAAGUGAUUGUUAGACGAGAGAGAGAAAGAACAUGAGAGUAACUAAAUGGCAUCCCACCACAAAGUAACAUCCCUUUUAAGACAUCACUGAUGUCUAUCUGAUGUUAAACAUGAAAUGCUUCCAAUCGUUGCAGCCAAAGUGUGAAAAUUUGAUUCUCAACAUUCGAAAACUAGUAGAUCAAGUUUUCCAUGUACAUAUGAGCCCUGGAAGUAUGCGAUGUAAUCAGAUAUGAUUACAUUUGUAGCUUUUAAAGUGGGUUCGGUUUCCCGUAGCUGUAGUUUAGUCAAGAAUUAGUUCUCAUCUGGCUGCCUUUUCUGCAUUGUUUUAGUUUAUGGUGUGGUUUGAUAUUUGGCAUUGUGCAAACUGAUCUAACAUGAUGUUUAGUUGUGACAUUGUGUAGUUAUGUGUUGUGUGAGUUGCUAUUAAUGUGUGGUGUGUUUUCCUGUGUGCUUAUAUUGUGUUGUUAAAAGAAUAAAUAAAAAUAAAUAAAUCCAUAAAUAAA